UGGACUAAUUUUCGAGGAGAGAGUUGUAGUUCCUCAGAGUAUGAGAGUUCUAAUGUUACAACGAAUACACUCAUCACACAUGGAGGUAAACAGCUGCAUACAAAGACCCAAAGAUAACCUCUACAGGCCAGGCAUGAGUUCACAAGUCAAGGACAGAGUAGAAAGAUGCAAAACAUGUAGAAAGUUUGAGACUACGCAACAGAAAGAGAGUUUGAAACCACACUUCAUUCCAGAACGACUAUGCAUGAAGUUGGAGCAGAUUUGUGUAGUUGUGCUGAUCAUGAAUACCUUGUCAUUGCAGACUACUUAAGCAGUUUUAUAGAUGUGGACUGUCUAGAAAAGACAACAUCAGGUGCAGUUAUUCGAGCACUAAAGGAACAGUUUUCAAGACAUGGUAUUCCAAAUGAGCUUAUCACUGAUAAUGGCCCACAAUUAGUGUCUAAGGCGUUUGAGGAAUUUACACAAAACUGGGAAUUCACACACACAACAUCAAGCCCGGUAUAUUUGAAGAGCAAUGGAAAGGCAGAGAGUGCGGUCAAAGUAGUGAAAACACUCAUGAAGAAAGCAGCAGAUUCUAAGAUGGAUUUGUGGCUUGAAUUGUUGGAAUAUCGCAACACUCCCACCGAGGGUGUCCAGUUGAGUCCAGCGCAGAGAUUGUAUAAUAGAAGAACAAGGACAUUGCUUCCAGCAAAGGACACAACACUACAUCCAAAGAUGGUGGAAGGUGCUGCAAAAGCAUUAGUGGCACGCCAAGAGAAACAAGUCGAAAGAUACAACAGACGGGCAAAAGAUUUACCAGCAUUGGAACUGGGAGAGGUAGUAAGAGUGCAGCCAUUGACAGGCAAGAGCAACCAUCACAAUGGAAAUAGGCGGUGAUUACUAAAAUUCUACCCAACCGUUCAUAUGAGCUCAAUACAGAGUCAGGCAAAUCAUACAGACGAAAUAGAGUUCAUCUAAAGAAGACAAAGGAAAGUCCACUGAAGCAAUAUGAUAGCUCAAGUCAAGUUGACAAAGAGCCAACUCAAAUUGGGCAAACAGUGAAACCGAAAGACCAAACAGUGAGACCAACACCAAAAGAAAUGACAGUGAAAGAAGUACCCAAGGAAGAUGUAUUGUGACCAGCGAGAGUUACUAGAAGUGUUUGAGAGGUGAAAGUGCCAAGAUAUCUGAAGGACUAUGUUAGUUAUAAGUAGUUGAAAAUUUGCGUUGGAUUUGUAGAACACUCACGGAAGUUCUCCUUUUUUUUGUUUUUAAAGAAAAGUGGCUGUAGGGUAGACUAAGUAGUAUGAGUGUACGGACACUAGACUAGACUACUAGUAGACUGUAGGCGUUGUUUCUCUUAGUGAAAUAUAGACAUAUAACACGUUACAAAGACAAGCUUUCCAGUAUAGCAGAGAGACAUAAUAGGAGGUCAUGUAGAUGUACAUGUGUACAGGACUGUUUAUACAGUAUUUGCUGAGUGGGUGCCAGACAUAACAGAACUUGUUUUAUUCAAAACAACAGUUGUAGCUUGAUCAAGACAGCCAUGGUCACCAUGUG